CCUCAACCACAGCCGUGCGCGCCGUUCUUUGUCUCCGUCCAAGACAUCCACGCAACUCCCUUUCCGUCUUCUACCGUGGCACCAACAAAAUGGAAGAAAUCUGACACCCUUCGAUCCGAAGUACUGCCUUCUGGAACCCUGAAAUCGACCGGCUUGACGCCAAUAGAGACCCUUGCCCCACUCAAUGCCCGGUGCUCGACCUCGUCCAAGGAUAGAUGAAUUGAGUGAUACGGGGAAACAGGGGGAAGCAAUCACGACAAUCACCACAAGCCACGCCGGCCUGCUUGUUCUUUUACCGGGGCCCUUGAUGUCGCCAACCUACCGAGGCCAAUGGCGACAAUGGAUGUGGUUCCUCGACUUCCGACUCGAUGCCUUGGCUGCCUCGCAAUAGCCUAGAUGGCUACGGCUUCCCAUCAUCUACAUCCAUGUGGUGCGAGCCACCCUCCACCUUCGCCAUCCCGGUCACGGCCCCGGCCUCGACUCAUGCUUGUCAGAUCGUCCAAUACUUCCGGCGAGGCUGCCACGCUUUCGUUGGAGGUACCCAGUCCGCGACUCUUACGAGCUAGGUGAGCCCUCCUUCGUCUACAACGUACCCUCUUCCUCCGCCUUUUUGUUUCCCUUAUAAACUGUCUCGUCUUCCAUCCACGACUCGUACUCGUCUAUGCCUCUAAAGAUAUCCGCACCCUCCAUAACCUUCCUUCACCGUUCCACCUUGCUCGAGUCGGUCGUCUGUCUGUGCCAAGGCAUUAGACCGCCCUCAUUUCGCUCCAUCUUGCCGUAACUGACCCGUGUACAACAAUAAGCUCGGGACGUUUUCUGUAAGCUGGCAAUUCUAGAAAACAACUGCUCAGCUCCCACCUUCCACCUACCUCGUCCUCGACCGUUGUGAUUCCCUAGACUUGCGACAAACACCUAAUUCUCGAGCUUCCGUGUCCGCUCUACUACAUUCUUACCAUGCACGGCUACAGCUCUUCAGAAGAGUCGGAUGACCCUCGUCGCCCGCGCCCUGUGCCGGCAUCGACAAACACCACUGACAAGAAGAAGACGAAAAAGAAGAAGACGCCUCCGCAGCCCUCCAUCAACCAUAUUUGGAAGAAGUUCCAAGACAAAAAGUUCAACAAGGCUUUGGCUGUGCUACCAUUCGACCCUGUUCUGCCGCCAGCAAGCUCAGAGAAGCCCAAUGAGUUGCUUAGCGCCGGAUACGAACGAGCUGUCGAGGAGUGCCGCCGGAAAGUGAAGAAGAUUAUCCAAGAAUGUCGCAGAGUCAACAUGCGAUAUCGGGACCCUGGUUGGGAUCUGGACUGGGAUUUGAAGUGGGAAAAGGGUCACUGUCUCAACACUCUCGGCCAUACCAAAUGGCAACUUUCUAGAACGACUCUCUCCAACCCAAGCGCAUCUGUCCCCAAGGCAGUAAAGCGAGUUCACGAGAUUUUCGAGAAGCCAACCUUCUUGAAGAACGUCAAUGGCGGAGACGUGAAGCAGGGGAGCCUCGGGGACUGUUGGUUGAUGGCUACGCUGACUGCCCUUGCAAAUGUCGAGGGCGGCAUCCAGCGCAUUUGUGUCGAGUACGACACUCGCAUCGGCAUCUACGGCUUCGUCUUCUACCGAGAUGGCGAGUGGAUCUACUCCAUUAUCGAUGACAAGCUGUACCUGAAGUCCCCUUGCUGGGAUUCGCCUAGUAUGCAGCGGGAUCUCCUCCAACAGAUCGACCGAGAGGAUGUUGAGCGUGUCUACCGCAAGACCUACCAGACCGGAUCCAAGGCCCUCUUCUUUGCUCAGUGCAAGGACCAGAACGAGACUUGGGUGCCACUGAUUGAAAAGGCUUAUGCCAAGGCGCAUGGUGACUUCGCCUCGUUGGCUGGCGGUUGGAUCGGCGAGGGGUUGGAAGAUCUCUCGGGUGGUGUCACGACCGAGCUGCUUACAUCGGAUAUUCUCGACCUCGAGGGCUUCUGGGAAAACGAACUUGCCAAAGUCAACGAGGAGUUCCUCUUCGGCUGCUCUACCGGUCUCCUAGAUGGAGGCUAUGGUGAGAGGAAUGGCAUCUCGGAAGGCCACGCAUACGUUAUCAUGGAAGCUAGGACGCUCAAGUCCGGAGAGCGUCUGAUCAAGCUCCGCAACCCUUGGGGCAAGAUCCGCAAGGGCGUGUGGGAGGGUGCUUGGUCCGAUGGUUCCAAGGAAUGGACCAUGGAAGUUCAAGAGGAGCUUGGUCACCACUUUGGCAAUGACUCUGUCUUCUGGAUCAACUACGACGACUUCCUACGCAAAUUCCAACAUAUCGACAGAACCAGGCUGUUCCGUGACCCCGCUUGGAGGUGCGCUCAACGUUGGAUCGGCGUCGAGGUACCCUGGAAAUCCCAGUUUAACGAGAAGUUCCAGGUCAAGUUGUCCAAGGAUGGGCCGCUCGUCCUAGUUCUGACUCAACUUGACACGAGAUACUUCAAGGGACUCCAGGGACAGUACUCUUUCCGCAUCCACUUCCGGAUACAUGAGCGAGACCGCCCUGGUGCCGAGGACUAUAUUGUACGCUCCCACGGCAACUAUCUCAUGGACCGAUCCGUCUCUAUCGAGUUACCCGACAUGCCAGCGGGAGAGUACAGCAUCUUCAUGAGUGUCACUGGUGAGAGGGACACUAACAUCUCCUCUGUCGAAGAUGUGGUCAAGCGUGAGUGCAAGAAGCGCGUCGAGAACGACAAGCUGGCGCAAAUCGGUGCCGCGUACGACUUGGCUCAUAGCAAAGGCACUGCGCACCUCCAAGAGGUCGCUAGGCUGCGAAAGAUCAAGGAGCAGCAGAGAGCCUCCGAGUCUCGCCAAAAGGAGCGCCGCAAGCUCUGGGAGAGACGUCACACGAACCGCGAAGUCACCAAGCAGCAGACCAAGAAAAAUAACGAGAAGCGCGACCGCAAGCUUGCCAAGAAGGCGGAAGCAGCCAAGGCCAAGGCUGACCUUGAGGCCGCUCAAAAAGCCGCUGCGGAAGCCAAGAAGGCCGAAGAAGCGAAAGUUUUGGAAGAGGCAGAGGCGAAGAAGAAGGAUGCUGAGAAGCCCAAGGACCAAGCCGUCCAGACGGAAGUCGUCAAGGAAGAGCCCAAGGAUAUUGCUGCAGGUGACUCCAAGUCAGAUGGCACAAACGAGUCCAAGGAGGAAUCCAAGGACGAAGGCAAGCCGGAGUCUAAGCCUGAGUCCAAGGAAGAGUCCAAGGAUGAGGUCAAAAAGGAUGUUGCCGACGAUGAGCCUGCAGACAAGACCACUCCCGCCCCUACCCCUAAACCUGCUCCCGAACCGCCAGCGCAGAAGUCUUACGACUCGGAUGGCGAUUCAUCCGACUCGCCCAUCGAAGAUUGGGAAGAGCUGUACAGCGAGGAUGACAUGGUUAGAAAGCCACGCCUGACUCCCGCUGGACCACCCAAAAGACACGAUGAGCGUUACGAAUCUGAGGAGGAGGGUCUGCCUGAUCCCUGGAACGCCAUCUGCAUCGUCGGAGUGCGCGUCUACUCCAUGGAUGAGGACCUUGAAGUUCGUGUCGUCAUGGAAGGUGGCGAGCUUCUCGAGGGUGGCAUGGGCAAGAAGGGAGAGGCCGACAUCGACAACGCCCAGGUGAACGCGGGCGGAGAGCGCGAAAGGCUUGAUUCUGACAGCGCAGAAGCCGCGAAGACUGAUGUCGAUAUUGUGAUCCAGAAGACAGAAGAAUCGACUGAAGACGCCAAAGAUGACAAGGACGAGACGAAUGAAGACUCAAAGUCGGAAAAGUCAGACAAGAAUAGUGUCGACUCGACCGAUUACGACAAGCUACACUCCGGAACAUCGACACCAGACGUCGUUGCCACCCCGGAAGCUACCCCACUAGAGUCACACAAAGAGUUGUGCUAGAGGCCAUUAGACCGGUGUAGACGGACGACGUACACGAGGAGAGACGAUGGCAUAGAGAAGAUGUGCUCAUUUUGAAGAUUUUCUUUGCUUCCAUGGUGUCGUUUAUUUGAUUUCAUCCCUGGCCCAAGGGUCGUCGGAUAGCAUGAAGGGCGUUGACAUUGCGAGCGAGGCCAAGCAGCCAUAUGCAACUGUGUUCUUUCACAUGAUCUGGAUUUCAGACUUAGCAACGUAUAUACAUG